CUGCAGGGAGAUUUCUUUCGUUUUUCUUCUUGAGAUCAUAAUAAUGAUUCAUUCAUAUCUAUAGAUAUAGACAGAUUCUCUUCUUUCCCCUUUUGCUUAGAUUCCUGUGUGUCAGUUCAGUUUUCUAGGUAUCUUUCUAUCUUUGGAGAUUCAUGGCGGCAACCCCAGAUCGUACAUCUGAAGAGGAACAUGUUGAUGCAGAUAACAUGAAGGAGCAGCAGUCUCUUUCGACCAAAAAUGAUACAUCAAUUUCUCCCAAUUCUUCUCAGGAUGCUGCCACAAUAGGUCAUCCAAGAGACAGCACAAUUCAGUCUGGAUCUUUUGGUUCAGCUGGAGAUCGUAGUGUUUACUCACCAAAUAUCUAUGCUCCUCAGGCACAGGGCUUCUAUUAUAGAGGCUAUGACAAUAUGACAACUGACUGGGAUGAAUACGCUCCAUAUGUCAACCCUGAGGGACUGGAAAUCAGAUCUCCUGGUGUUUAUAACGACAAUUCAUCACUUGUGUUCCACACUGGAUAUGGCUACAAUCCUCAAAUGCCUUAUGGACCCUAUUCUCCAGUCACAACUCCUUUGCCUACUGUGGGUGGCGAUCCACAAUUGUAUUCCCCACAGCAGUUUCCUUUCUCUGGGCCACCUUAUUACCCGCAGCUAGUUCCUCAUAGCAUGCCUUAUAUUGCUUCACCACCUCCAGUUUCACAACCAGAGUUAACUACCUUAGUUCAUGUUGACCACCAAGGUGAUAACAUGCUUUUUGGACCAAGGCCCAGUUAUCACUCUCCAUUGGGAUCUUUUGGCAGAGCCAAUUUUCCUGGAAAUCAUGGUUCUCCUGGAUUUAAUGAUUUGCAGCAAGGAUUUGAUGGAUUGAGUCCUGGAGGAAUUUGGUCAGAUUGGUCAAAGCCUUCCAGCAGACAAAGAUCUUUGGCUCCUACGCCGCCAGCAAUAUCUCCCCAGACAAUUAGCCCAAUUGGCUCAUUUGGUCAGAAUGUUCCAAUGGCAUCUCAGCAGCAAAGGUCAUUUUAUGGGUUGGGAUCUGGUUCAAACUCCUUCAACAGUGGCUACUUACACACUGGUCUCAGUCAGGGCCAUAGUCUUGGAAGUGCAACCCUUCCAAGUUUGGGAGCAAAUGGUCGGGGCUGGCUUUCUCUUGACAGUAACAGUCGACGUGGGAGGGGCAGUAGUGUCUCUCUUUGUGGUUGUAACGGUACUCUUGAUAUCCUUAGCGAGCAAAAUCGAGGACCUAGGGCCUUAAAACCUAAGAAUCUGAUCACAGCUGAACAAAAUUCUUCUGAUAAUGACAAAAAUAACAAAGCUACUGCAAAGAUCUAUGAUGAGUCAUACAACAGACUUGAUUUUGUGACUGAUUACCAAGAUGCUAAAUUCUUCAUCAUCAAGUCAUACAGUGAGGAUAAUGUUCACAAGAGUAUCAAAUAUGGUGUAUGGGCAAGUACACCUAAUGGGAACAAAAAAUUAGAUGCUGCUUAUCAUGAAGCCAAGGAGAAGCAAGACUCGUGCCCAGUGUUUCUCUUCUUUUCGGUGAAUGCAAGUGCUCAGUUCUGUGGGGUUGCUGAAAUGGUUGGACCUGUUGACUUUGAAAAGAGUGUGGAUUACUGGCAACAAGAUAAGUGGAGUGGGCAAUUCCCUGUUAAGUGGCAUAUUAUCAAAGAUGUUCCCAAUAGUCAGUUCCGUCAUAUUGUGCUAGAAAACAACGACAAUAAGCCAGUCACUAACAGUCGAGACACUCAGGAGGUGAAAUUGGACCAGGGAAUUGAAAUGUUAAAAAUUUUUAAGAACUAUGAAGCUGAUAUGUCUAUCCUAGAUGACUUUGACUUCUACGAGGGCCGACAGAAAGUUAUGGAAGAACGCAAGGCUAGACAACAAGUUGGUCUGAUGUCUGUAGGGAUUGUAGGAGAAAAUGAGCAUAGAAACAAUAAUGUUACUUUACCGAAUGAUUUCAUCAAGCAUAUGUCUAAGAGUUUUUCUCAAGUUGUCCGCUUGGAUGAUGGUGGCAAACAAGGCACUCUUGUGGAAAGAUCUAGUUCUGCCUCCGAUGGUUCCAAGGGUGGAAGAGUUAGGCUUGAAGAUGCAAUUACAACAGCCGUCUCUUCCGCACCAGCAAGUUAGGAAAGAUGUGGGAAUUUCAGGCACUGACACUGCAGUUCAUGUGAGACAAACUUAUUUCUUACAAUGUAGGAUUUACAUAUUCCAUUUAGUGGGAAGUAAAGAUCUAUGACUCUGUGGAGCAUCGGUGUCUGAAUGGCGAACUGAUCUGAGAAUCUUCAUAGGGCAGAUUGAGUUUAUGUGUAAUAUUUGCCUUCUGAGUGGGUUUUUCAGCUGUAGUGAUUAGAGUUUCAUUUUUGUUUUAAUCUUUGCUUUGCUUUAUGGAUGAGGGUAUUCAUGUGCUUCUUGUAAAGUUAUCCAUCCUUGCAGUUGCAGACAUCUUAAUAAUGGAAUACAAGUACGGCAAAGGCAGUCGAAAUCCAGAAUCCUAUACACAACCUGUGCCCUUUGGGAGUCAUCUUCUAGACUACCGUAGAGCUGUCGUGAGAAUUGGUCCUUACCUUGCUACUGUUUAUCUAUUCUUUCAAAUUAUGCAUUUGUUAUGUAGAAAAAUAAAUUAAUAAAUAAAAUAAGUAUUC